AUGGAUGAUAGAGUUGUGUUGAAGAUUUAUUGUUACGGGCAGAUUUUAUUGCAAACAUUUGAGGGAGUUCAAUUUGUGUGUGAAAAUUCAUUAGAUGUUAUUCUGUUCACAUUGUCAUUUGAGGAAUUGAAAGGGGUGAUUUGUGAGAAGAUAGAUUCUCGAAGAUCUAGGAGAAUAUUGUGUAUUUUGUACAGGUAUCCUUUAUCUGUGUUUGGUGGGUUCGUUCAAUUUCAGACUAAGUACGUGACGGAUGAAGCGAGUAUUCACGAAAUUUUUUCAAUGUAUAUGGAAAAUCGCCACCGAAUGUCGUGCAUCGAGUUGUAUAUUGAGUUUGAGCAAUCUGAAGCGGACCGUAACAUUGAAUUAGAAGAUUAUAAUAGUGAAAGCGAUGAUGAAUUUGAAAGUAACUAUGACAUCGUUGGUCCAGGUGAAGACGAAGAUGAAGCUGGCGGCGCCAUGAACGUAGAUGUGGCGGAAGUUGCAAAUGCACUAGCAAACCCGCAUCCGUUUCAGGAGCCUUCUUUCAUGCGGUCGUUGGAUUUGGAGGCUAUGCACGCACCGGAAUUUCCGCAAUAUAUGAAUGCAGUGCUUCCUGUUGUGGCAGAUGGUGAGUUCACUGUGGGGAUGAAAUUCAGUUCAAGGGAGGCAGUAAUCAAGGCAAUGAAAGAUUAUACUAUCCGGAGAGAUGUAUACUAUCGGGUAUAUGAGUCGAAACUGACGACAUUCUAUGCCAAAUGUACAGAAUAUGACAAUGGUUGUGACUGGUUGAUCAGGGUUACCAAAAUACAGAAGAAGUACUGUUGGGAGAUAAGGAGGUACAAUGGAAGUCACACUUGUACCAGGUCUACUAUUUCUCAAGACCAUUCGAAACUGGAUUCCAAGACAGUUGCAGAAGCAAUUAAGCCGUUGGUAGAGGUUGACCCGUCUAUAAAGGUGAAAUCAGUCAUUGCUGAAGUCCAGUCAAAGUUUAACUACACCGUCAGUUAUCGCAAGGCUUGGUUAGCAAAGCAGCAGGCGGUGGAAUCAAUUUUCGGAGGUUGGGAAGCAUCGUAUGAAGCUUUGCCCAUAUGGUUUGAGGCCAUGGGUCACAAGGAGCUAUCAGCAGUGAUUCACUUUGAAACAAUGCCUGCUUACCAGGGGGAUGAUUUGGUUCCUGAUAUACGUGUACUGCAUAGAGUCUUCUGUAGUUAUUACUCUUGUAUAAGGGCCUUCAGACACUGCAAGCCAGUGGUGCAGGUGGACCGUCCAUCUCCUUGCAGUCGACAUGAGUUGCCCUACACAAUGAUCUAUACAAGUGUGCCAGGCAUGCCGAACCCCCAACUAAACUGUAUGAUCCCACCGAAGUUACGGAGCAAAGGUAAAAAUUUCCAAUGCACCGCUGCACCUGACUUAUCUCCAAACAGAAUUAUCCCAAAUAACAACUUUAUGUGA